UGUAAGAGGCUACGUCUGGAGGCAUAGUUAGGAAAAUAUGCCCAUUUUAUUUGACUGGACGCGUGCUAAUUAUAUGGAGCUUCAAGUGCAUGUCGCUUCUCGAAGUUCGUCGUUAAUUUCAGAAAAAUUCUGAAAACUGCUUUUUAAACAAGAAUUGUGUGUUAAAACAAACUUUAUUCUCGAAAAUACAUGGAUUUGCUCUUACAGCUGGAACAUGAGUGGCAAUUAAAAUUAAUUCUUUUACUGAAGUGUUUGAAAAGAACUGAUUUCAGACGAGACGUCAAAGUCUGCAGUAAUUUGUUUACAACGUUUCUUUUUGAAAAGUUGCUUUUAACGAGUAUCGAAGUUAGUUUAACUUUGUCAAAGGAGGAUUUAAGAAAAACAAAUGUAUUUUCUAGCGAAGUAAGUGAUAAGAGAUUAUUUUAGAAUUCUGCUUUUCAAUAAAUUUCAAUAAAAUUACUCAGUAUGCUUUGGAAGAAUUUUAAGAUCCAUAGAAAAUAAAUGGGAUAAAAGUAAGAAUUUGACUGCUGUUGUUAUCAAGGAAAGAGUUUUUAGUUUCAGCCUGUAGGAUAAGUAAAGAUAAAAUAAACUUGUGCUUUUGAGGUAUAUGUUCAGUAAGAAAAACUUCUCAAAAAACCUACAAGAAUUGUAAUUUAAAAAGAAUUUAAAGAGAAUUCUUUUGGUACAAAUGUUCUCUUAAAAGUUAUCGCUUACUAGAAUUUACGUGUUUCUGUCCUUCAGUUCUGAAAACAUUUUGCUGAAAUAAGGAUAAAUAGUUCGUGUUACGUUUUAGGAGAGUUCAAAUAAUAAUUUUAAUUCUUUCAUAUUUUACUUUAUCGGAAGUAAUAUUUUGCGCUUUUUCAGAAAUAUGUUCUUUUGAAAAAGAAGAUAUAAACUGCAAUUUUAAUUCGUACCAUAAAAAUACAAGAAACGACCCAGUGGUGCAACAUUUCGGUUUCAGUAUACGUGUUCUGAUCCACAAACAGAGCUGUUCAUCCAUCAACUACGAUGCCCGUCCAGGAAACUUUAGGCAAAGACAAUUAUUUGUUUAUUAACGCCACUUCCCACUUCAUACUAAACGUGAACCCUGGAAAUUAUUUUCGACACUCCAAUUUCAUCAGUGCCGUUUUUGUGGCUGCCUAUGUGUUUAUUUUCGUGUUGGGGUUCGUUGGCAAUGUCUUUGUGGUAGGCGUUGUACUUCGAAUUCGGCAAAUGAGGACUGUAACGAACUAUUUCAUCGUGAACUUGGCUAUUGCUGAUAUGCUGGUUAUUCUUUUUUGCAUUCCUGCUACGUUAACAAGCAACCUGGUGACACCUUGGAUCCUCGGUUUGUUCUUAUGCAAAGCCGUGGCGUAUCUUCAAGGAGUGUCUGUCUGCGCUUCAGUCAACACUUUAGUGUCAAUUUCAGUGGAUAGAUUUCUUGCAAUUUGCUUUCCAAUGAGAUGCCAAAUAACGUCACGUGGAUGCCGUGUCAUCAUAACUGCUAUUUGGUUGUUCAGUUUCACAAUCACCUUACCUUGGACAGUGUAUUUUAAGCUUCUUCUUAUUGGCAGGACAGAAGAUAAUGACCAACUCUAUGUCUGUCGAGAGAUCUGGCCCACUGAAAGAAUGGGUGUCAUAUAUUUUAUAGUCGCCAAUCUGGUUCUUUGCUAUCUUUUCCCGCUCACUAUUAUCUUGCUGUGCUACAUUUUCAUCUGGAGGACAGUGUGGAGAAGACAAAUGCCAGGAGAAGGUGUACACAACAAUGGAAUGAUACACAGGUCAAAGAUCAAGGUUAUCAAGAUGCUGUUUAUAGUAGUUUUGGUGUUUAUGGGAUCAUGGUUGCCGCUGUAUGCUAUCUUCACUCGAAUUAAAGUUGGAGAACCCUACCAAGAAAACAGCAUGGAAGAAUUUAUCAUCCAAGUAUCAUCCCCUAUUGCACAAUGGCUGGGAGCCUCCAACAGCUGCAUGAACCCAGUGUUAUAUGCUUUUUUCAAUAAUAAAUUCAGGGCUGGUUUCAGAACAGUGUUGUUUCCCCGAAAGCCGUGCUUUGAAAAUGCAGGAAAUAUAAGAAUGUUUUCUUUGAGAAACCAAACAGUGGGUACUUCUGCUAGGACAAGAAGGGCAAGUUCUUUGCAGAAAGAUAAUGGCAAAACUAACGCGAUAUAGUGGGUGUGCAGGUAGCAUUAGCGGCUCUGUGAUGUGUAUAUUCAUGUAUCAUAUCAUUAGUGUUAAACUGCAGUCAUGUACAGAUGUCUGCAACUGUUAAAUAGAAGGUCUCAGGUGCAUAACGAGGCCGUUGACAGAGGAUAAGGACCAUAUUGUUGAAACUGUUAAUUUUUUAUGUAAUUUCAUUAAAAAUGAGGUAAACUGACGCUAGUUAAGUUUUAAAAUAUCAUGCAUAUGUUACCGUUAAAGUGAGAAUAAUCGUUAUAGGACGAUCUAUUAUGAUAAGGAAAAUUGCUUCAUCUCACACAUUACCCAGGAAACACAUAAUCUGCACUAUGCUACUAAGCACUUAUUUAAAGUGAAAAUAAGAUCUUUGCUCGAAAAACAACAACUUCUUGUACUAUCAAAUAAUACUCAGGUAAACAGUUUCGCAAUAUUAACUGUAAAAGUACCAUAUAAUUUGUUCCACAAAGUUAUAAAGUAGUUUCAUAUUUUAACCAGCAGAUUGCAAGUCACAACUUCUAAUUAUUAUUAGUGAUUAUUAGUGACAAACACGCUUUAUUUUUUUCUAUAAAGUUACAGGUAAUUUCAUAUUACCUAGAAAAAUAUAAGUAGCAAAUUCUGAUUAUUAUUAGUGAUUAUUAGUGAAAAAUGUGCUACACUUUGUUCCAUGAUAUUAGAAGUGAUAUGAUAUCUUAACCAGCACACUGCAAGUAAAAAUUCUGAUUAUUAUUAUGAGUGAUUGUUAAUGAAAACGAGCUAUACUUUACUCCAUAAAUUUGCAAGUUGUUUCAUGUAUUAACGAGCGAAUUGUACAAACGAACGCUGGUAUACAAACAAACGUAACAAAUGCUGAUUAUUAUUGAAACAUAUCUGCUAUUUAUCAGUCUUACGGUAGCUAGAGAAAGAAAUUGAUAGAUAUGAUCUGUCAAGAGAACAUGUCACAGAAUAAUUAAUUCACAGAAUAAUUAAUGAAUAAAGCAAAAUACAAAUAAUAGUCAAUUAAACGGUUUAAAGGCGUUAUUGCAAAUAAGAACGUGAAUUUACGAAACAGUAAAAUAAAACUGUCCUUUCUUAUUCGUAUAAUCUAGUGACUGAUGACGUUUAGAAUUAGAUAGCGCCUAACUUUUGCAACAAAUUGUGAGACAAACUAUUAAAUAAAUUAUGAGAAAGUGAUUCCGAAAACAAAAGUCAGAGACACAAAUGUUAGAAAGUGGAAAGAAAGGAAGAGUAUGAGAGGAACGAAUGUUUUCACUUUAGUAGAGGACUACUUUAACUUAAUCCGGUAACGUUUAACACAUUAACUUUACCCUUAAUUUUAACUUGAGACGGUCAGGCUACUUAUUGCCGCAUCCGUUAAAUUAUGAGAUUUAAAUAGAACUUUUUAUUUAAAACUUUAAAGUUAACAAAGACGACAUAGCUUAUUACAAACUAAAUUUCGCAUCUUGCGGAAUUUCAGAUAGCAUAAAAUAUGAAUUGAAGUUAAAAGUAGCUUAACACUGAAGAUUCGCGCACGCAAACAACUGGCAAACACUGGCUCAGUUCUAAACUAGUUGAAUUAGUACUUCGUCUAUUAAAAGGCUAACGCCUGUCUACAAUAAUUCACAGAGCUAGACAAGAAAAUAGCAAAACGGUUAAUGUCGCUGCCAAAGCUCAAAAUCUUUGUUCUUAUGUAAACAUAUCUAAUCGGCAACCAAGGCUGGAUAGUGGUUGGUGACCCUGAUUGCCUUACCGAAGGCCCCGUUCGAAUCCCGGAGAAGGCAUAUGCUUGUAAAUGUAUACUAUCUGUGUGCCACGGUGGCACUCAAAAUACGCGGCGAGCCGAAAGUUCUCUCGAGAGGUUAGUAGUAAGGGAAGAGGGGUGGGAAACCCUCGGACCCCUCCUCUUGGGGUGCUCUCCUUCAAAAUCAGGGUCGGAACUGCGCAAAAUCGUACAGUCGCCUGUAUGAUGCCCACGUCUUUUGCCAACGACAGGAGAAAUCUCGCCUCUUGACACAAUGCAUUUCAUUCGCUUGUUCUGAUAUCAGACAAGCGAAAUUACUCACAACAACAAUAUUUCUUACUUGCAUUCUGAUGAGAGUUGACGAAAAAUAGAAUUUAUACAACAUAUAAAACAACAAGGUAAUGAAUUAACAUAAUUUUAACGAUUCGUGUUAAUGACAACAAAUGCAGAAUACUCUUAUUUUGCAGAUGAUUCCUCUCUUUAAUAGAAAACAAAUCGGAUAAUUUACAAAUUAACCAUGUAAUGUGUACAUUAUCGGUUUUUGAACUUUAACGGUAGCAUGUACAUGUUCCAAGAUUUCUGGUUGCAGAAUUUCUUUGAGUCAAUAAAGUACAAGUAACGCUGAAAUAAAGCAGAGUAAUUUAAAUACUUUUCAGAAAUGAAUAAGGGGCUAGGUAAAGUUUUUUCCCCUUUUUUAUCCUGGCACUUAUCUUCUGCAAACUGAAUUUCUCAAAAGUAUGUAUUAUUUUUCUACAGACCUAAACGCAAAAAUUUUCAUACGUCGCUUAAUUAAAGAAACGUGAUUUCUUGGAAUGACCAAUUAAAUUUGAGUUUGAACAUGCACAAAAUUGAGGAUCCUGUAAUGUUUCUGGUUAACACAUUGAUUCUUCCUCUGUGUCUGUAUGUCAUUUCAUAUCACAUUCCUUUUUUUCUUACAUGAAAAAAAAAUUUUUUUUAUUAACGCAUUCUGUAUAAUAACAAAUAAACGGCUUGUACUGGCGUUCAAUUCCAGGCUUGUAUUUCAGUCCAAAUGUUAAUUUAUUACUUCAGUAUGAAUGUAACUUAUACAUAAUAAUGAAACAGACGUAA